CCUUAACCAGCACAUGUUGAUUAAUGCAGUACGAUUGGGCUCCCCUUGAGCUGUUUAUUUUGAAUUUUUCUGACCAUGUCGACGGAGCCAGCGGUGGCCAAGGAUGCUGUGCUGAAGCGCAGCGAAGCUCUGGCGGAGAACACGCCCCAAGUUAGUGGCUACGAUUUCAACGAAGGCUUAGACUACAGUAAGCUCUUCGAGUCCUAUGUGACCACCGGGUUUCAGGCCACGAAUCUUGGGCUGGCCAUUCGUGAAAUCAACAGAAUGCUGGAUUGCAGGGACCAGCCUUUGGAAGCGGACCAAAUAGACAGCCAUGAAACAGACGACUUCAUCCGUCGAAGGAGCAAGUGCACCGUAUUUCUGGGCUACACAUCCAACUUGGUUUCGUCCGGACUGCGGGAGACCAUACGCUUUCUGGCCGAGCACCGUAUGAUAGACAGCAUUGUGACCACAGCCGGCGGCGUCGAGGAGGACUUCAUCAAGUGCUUGGCUCCCACUUUCAUGGGUUCAUUUGAGCUGAGCGGUAGGGAUCUCCGCGAGCGUGGAAUCAACAGAAUUGGCAACCUUCUGGUGCCAAACGAUAAUUACUGUAAGUUCGAGGACUGGGUGAUGCCGCUGCUGGACGAGAUGCUGGAGGAGCAGAAAUCCCAGGGAACUAUCUGGUCGCCUUCGAAGAUUAUUCAUCGGCUGGGCGAACGAAUUGGAGAUCCCAGUUCCAUCUACUAUUGGGCUGCCAAGAAUCAAAUACCAGUCUUUUGUCCCGCCUUGACGGAUGGCAGUCUGGGCGACAUGAUGUACUUUCACUCCUUUCGACAACCUGGACUCGUGUUGGACAUUCUAUCCGAUCUGCGGAGGCUCAACACAAUGGCUGUCAAGGCGGUUAAUAGCGGGAUGAUCAUCGUGGGCGGCGGCGUCAUCAAGCAUCACAUUUGUAAUGCCAAUCUGAUGCGGAAUGGAGCGGAUUACUCAGUAUUCAUCAAUACCGCCUCGGAGUUUGACGGCAGCGAUAGCGGCGCUCGGCCGGAUGAGGCUAUAUCCUGGGGCAAGAUCAGGAAGGAUGCCACCCCUGUUAAGGUGUAUGCCGAGGCUAGCUUGGUCUUUCCAUUGCUUGUGGGUGAAACGUUCGCCAAGCGGCAUCACUGCGCCGGUAAAGAGCUGCCCCGAGAGACUAACCAAGUGUAAAUAUAUACGAGAAAAUAAGGACAACGCAAUCAACGCAAAUGUA